AACAUGCUUCUUUCUCUAUAAACCCAUUAUUCAAGUGAUUCAACUAACCACCAAGACACAAUUGAACAAACACACUAACUUUGGCAACUACAAGCAAAGCUUCUUUCUGCAUGAUUAUUUUGGGAGAAAAUCAAGUUUGAUAUAUAAUUUGUAUUAUUUCAAAUGGCUCUUGCUGCAGGUAGCUUCACCCACAUGCCAGUGCUGCCCACCCAAAAUUAUGUGUCUAAAAAAUCUAUGGCAAUUACCAUAAAAUGUGCUAACAACAACAAAAACAAAACAAAAGUUGUUGGAAAGAAACCAACGGGUAGGAAAGGAAGAAGAGGAUUGGGGACUGGUCCAAAAACGGAGAAUGCUCAGGGAAUAACAAUUCCACCAAAAACUUCUGAUGAUGAUCAACAUGACAAAAACAUAAACAAAACCAAAACCAAAGUUGGUCGAAGGAAACCACCAGGUAGCACAGGUGGAGGAGGAUUGGGGACUGGUCCACACACGAAUAUUACAAAGCUACCAAAAAAUCCACCAAAAGAUUCUGAUGAUGAUGAAGAUCAACUUGACAACACUUUUGCAUUCAAUCUUACUGGCAAUGAGUGGGUGGUGAUUUAUCUUUUUUCGAUCCUCUUUGUAGGUUCAACAUUGUUUAAUGCACAUUAAUUAGGAGUUGUUUUAAUUAAUUUUUUCAUGUAAUUAAUGGAUAUUGUUUUUGUAUUCUUAUGGUGGAGAAUUUCAGUUUUCUUUCAUUUUAA